GCGCUUCGGGAACCGGCCAGAGCCGCAGUCCGGCGGAGCCGCAGUCGCUUCUCCUGUGUCUCCUGCAGCCCAGCACCCGCUCCUCGUCCUACCCCGGACGGCGAGAUGGCGAAGCCGCUGACUGACAGUGAGAGGCGGAAGCAGAUCAGCGUGCGCGGCCUGGCGGGGCUGGGCGACGUGGCCGAGGUGCGGAAGAGCUUCAACCGGCAUCUACACUUCACGCUGGUCAAGGACCGCAAUGUGGCCACUCCGCGCGACUAUUACUUCGCGCUGGCGCACACGGUGCGCGACCACUUGGUGGGGCGCUGGAUCCGCACGCAGCAGCACUACUACGAGCGCGACCCCAAGCGCAUCUACUACCUUUCCCUGGAGUUCUACAUGGGCCGCACGCUUCAGAACACCAUGGUGAACUUGGGCCUCCAGAACGCGUGUGAUGAAGCCAUCUAUCAGCUGGGGCUGGACUUGGAAGAGCUGGAGGAGAUAGAAGAGGACGCCGGCCUGGGGAACGGAGGCCUGGGGCGCCUGGCAGCCUGUUUCCUUGAUUCAAUGGCCACCCUGGGUCUGGCAGCAUAUGGCUAUGGGAUCCGCUACGAGUUUGGGAUUUUCAACCAGAAGAUCGUCGAUGGCUGGCAGGUGGAGGAGGCAGACGACUGGCUGCGCUAUGGGAACCCCUGGGAGAAGGCCCGGCCCGAGUACAUGCUGCCUGUGCACUUCUAUGGGCGUGUGGAGCACACGGCGGAGGGUGUGCGGUGGCUGGACACGCAGGUGGUGCUGGCCAUGCCCUAUGACACCCCAGUGCCUGGCUACAAGAACAACACCGUCAACACCAUGAGGCUCUGGUCCGCCAAGGCACCCAGCGACUUCAAACUGCAGGACUUCAACGUGGGGGACUAUAUCCAGGCUGUCCUGGACCGGAACCUGGCAGAGAACAUCUCCAGGGUGCUGUACCCCAAUGACAAUUUCUUCGAGGGGAAGGAGCUGCGGCUGAAGCAGGAGUACUUUGUGGUGGCUGCCACACUGCAGGACAUCAUCCGUCGCUUUAAGUCCUCCAAGUUCGGCUGCCGUGACCCUGUGAGAACCAGUUUUGAGACCUUCCCGGACAAGGUGGCCAUCCAGCUGAACGACACCCACCCAGCCCUCUCCAUCCCUGAGCUCAUAAGGAUCCUGGUGGACGUGGAGAAGGUGGAUUGGGACAAGGCCUGGGAGAUUACCAAGAAGACCUGCGCGUACACCAACCACACGGUGCUGCCUGAGGCUUUGGAGCGCUGGCCAGUGUCACUGUUUGAGAAGCUGCUGCCACGGCACCUAGACAUCAUCUAUGCCAUCAACCAGCAGCACCUGGAUCACGUGGCCGCCCUGUUUCCUGGGGACGUGGACCGCCUUCGGAGGAUGUCCGUGAUCGAGGAGGGUGACUGCAAGCGGAUCAACAUGGCCCACCUGUGUGUGAUCGGGUCGCAUGCGGUGAACGGCGUGGCACGAAUCCACUCUGAGAUUGUGAAGCAAUCUGUCUUCAAGGAUUUCUAUGAGCUGGAGCCAGAGAAGUUCCAGAACAAGACCAACGGCAUCACCCCCCGCCGGUGGCUGCUGCUGUGCAACCCAGGGCUGGCGGACAUCUUUGUGGAGAGAAUCGGGGAGAGCUUCCUCACAGACCUCAGCCAGCUGCGGAAGCUGCUACCACUGGUCAGCGAUGAAGCCUUCAUCAGGGAUGUGGCCCAGGUCAAGCAGGAAAAUAAGCUGAAGUUCGCUGCCCUCCUGGAGAAGGAGUACAAGGUGAAGAUCAACCCCUCUUCCAUGUUCGACGUGCACGUGAAGCGUAUUCAUGAGUACAAGCGUCAGCUGCUCAAUUGUCUGCACAUCAUCACCCUGUACAACCGGAUAAAGAAAGACCCGGCUAAGGCCUUCGUACCCAGGACUGUGAUGAUCGGGGGCAAGGCAGCUCCUGGCUACCACAUGGCCAAGAUGAUCAUCAAGCUUGUCACGUCCAUCGGCAGUGUUGUCAAUCAUGAUCCAGUUGUGGGUGACAAGCUCCGAGUGAUCUUUCUAGAGAACUACCGGGUGUCCCUGGCUGAGAAAGUGAUCCCAGCCGCUGACCUGUCACAGCAGAUCUCCACUGCAGGCACCGAGGCCUCAGGCACCGGCAACAUGAAGUUCAUGCUCAACGGGGCACUCACCAUUGGCACUAUGGAUGGUGCCAAUGUGGAGAUGGCCGAGGAGGCAGGCACUGAGAACCUCUUCAUCUUCGGCCUGCGGGUGGAGGAGGUCGAGGCCCUGGACCGAAAAGGGUACAAUGCCAGAGAGUACUGUGAGCGCCUGCCUGAGCUAAGGCAGGCCAUGGACCAGAUCAGCAGCGGCUUCUUUUCCCCCAAGGACCCAGAGUGCUUCAAGGAUGUGGUCACCAUGCUGAUGAACCAUGACAGGUUCAAGGUGUUUGCAGACUAUGAAGCCUACUUGCAGUGCCAGGCGCAGGUUGAGCAGCUGUACCAGAACCCCAAGGAGUGGACCAAGAAGGUCAUCAGGAACAUCGCUUGCUCGGGCAAGUUCUCUAGUGACCGAACCAUCACGGAGUAUGCGAGGGACAUCUGGGGUGUGGAGCCCUCUGAUCUGCAAAUCCCGCCCCCCAACAUCCCUAAGGACUAGGUGCCCCUUGAGGCGGGGCCAAGGGCUUUUGUUGGGCUGAGUUUGCACAUCAUGCCAGCGUUUAAGCACCUUGCCAGCAGCCAGAGGUCCCUGCUUUUCUCUAUGCUGUGUUCCCCAGAGGGGCUAAGGGGUGGUUUUGAGGAUCAAGCAAAGAAAGGAGGUGCUGGAGAACCUGUGACACUCUCCUGGUUUCUUGUAAGGAAAGUGGAGCUUUAGGUGUGGAUGCCGCAGCCAGCCCCACACAGGGUGGACAGAAAGCAGAGAUGCCUUCAAACCUUGCACAGAAUAUUGCUGUGACCUUAGGUCUUUAGUUUUGAGCCUCUUGAUUCUGGGGUCCGGGCAGGUGGCUGUGGUGAAGCCUGGGGACCUGUAUUUUUCCAUAGCACCCAGGCCACUAGAAGGGGCUUCUCCACCUAUCACCUUCACAACAGCCCAUUCUCUGUCCCAUCCUGGGCUGUGCACCUGACACAUGGUCUAGGACCAGGUGCACCCUGCCUUUCACAGCCACCAUGGUGCCAUGUGGGUGCUUGGGACUCACUGGGAGCAGCUUAGGGGGGACCUCCACAGAGGCCUCAGUCAGGACACAUCUAGCUGAUAAAGGGUUAGCUUUUAUUUUUCAGAGGAAAAGAUCACAAGGAAAUGAAACUAGCUACAGCCUUCUCUUGUUGAACAGUUAGUCAGUUUGUCUAAGGAAGGCUGUGUGGGGGUCUUUGCCUGCCUGGAGGUGGCUCAACCACUAUCCCCAGAAGAGAGCUGUCCUGCUCCAGGGCCUAGGUGCAUUUCCUGACAUACACACCAAGGCCAGGCUCCAUUCUCCUCCCUCCCCACAGUGUAGCAGCCUGGUUUGCAAAAUGGGUGGUGGCUCAGAGGGGUCACUUCUGCCCACACUGCAGCCAGCCCGGAAGUAAGGGCAAAAUCCCCCUUCCUGAGGUGGCUGCUUCAGGGAAGAAUCUAAAGCCCUGCCUGUCACCAUUACUGUUGAGUUGUUGGAGAAAUGAGGUAGAAUCACUCUUCAGAGGCUCCACCACCCUGCAUGUUAGAGCUGGGUUCGGGAAGGCUAUUCUGCACCCCCAGGCCUGCAGGGCCUGCUGGGAAGGGCUUCACAAGAACCACUGGGGUCUUCUGUGGACUACAGUCACCUGCUGCCUGUGCCAUGGCUCGGUGUUGAGGCUGUGCUCCCUGACCCACUAUGCGUGACCACACCCCUUCCACAUAUGCUUCCUGCCGCCUGUGAGAAACUGAUUAAACCUCUGCCGUGGAUGGUA